AUGCGCAGACUAAGCGUCUUCCGGCCCUCCUCCCGUGGAGUCCCUACGGCAAGACCGGCAGUGGUACGUCUGGCCUUCCGUCCUUGCUUCCUGUCUUCUCCCUUCAAUACACCCGUACCUCCCAUCACCGACAUUGGGGUGGACAACACCCCCACUCCCACUCCCCAAACUCACCCAAGAGAUAAAGGGCACCACCAAACCACGCACUUCCAAUGGCUCGGCGUCCCCAAGAGCGCGCUGAGCGGGCUGGAGAAAUUCGAGGCCCCCGACCCGGCCGAGUGGUGUCCGCGGGGCUACGUCGUGGUCAACGUCGACGCGCGCGGGUGCUUCGAUUCCGAGGGCGAUAUUUUUGUCAUGGGCACCCAGGAGGGCCGCGACGGGUAUGACAGUGUCGAGUGGAUCGCGGCUCAGCCGUGGUGUGAUGGGAACGUCGCGCUCGUCGGGAAUUCGUGGUUGGGGAUGGCGCAGUGGUUCAUCGCCGCGGAAAGACCUCCGCAUUUGAGGGCUAUCGCACCCUGGGAGGGCAUUGGGGACUUCUACCGCGAGAGUAUCUGUCGUGGCGGGAUUCCGAACUAUGCGUUUUGGGAUCUGUUGAUGCGGGAGUUUAAUGUAGGGAAGAAUCAGCGGGAAGACGUCGUCGCAAUGAUUCACAAGUAUCCCCACAUGAAUGCAUACUGGGAGGAUAAGCGCCCGCGGCUGCAGGAUAUCGAGGUGCCCAUGUAUAUUCUGGCCAGUUAUUCCACGGGCCUGCACACGGAGGGGUCAAUUCGGGCGUGGAAGUAUGCCGGUGCGAAAGAGAAGUGGCUGCGCAUCCACCCCACGCAGGAAUGGUUCGACAUCUACCAGCCCUUCGCCAACGACGACCUCCAACGCUUCCUCGACCACUUCCUCCUCGGCAAGGACAACGGCUGGCUACAGACCCCCCGCGUGCGCCUGUCGCUCCUGCGCUACCACGGCCCCCCGAUCAGCUUCCGGGCUGAAGACGCCUACCCGCCGUCCCGCGUCCGGUACGAAACCUUCCUCCUCGACGCGGCCACCCGCUCCCUCAUCCCGUCUGCCACCCCAGCACAAGACAACCUCCCAUCGGCAACAGCCUCCUACCAGAGCGACAGCUGGGACGACGACGGCGCCCACUUCAGCUACACCUUCCCCACCGCCACCGAACUCAUCGGCACCUCCCAAGCCCGCCUGUACAUGUCCUGCCCCGCCUCCCCGGAGAUGGACGUCUACGUGAUCCUCCGCAAGCUCGACCGCGACGGCACCCCGUUACUGCAGCACAACAUCCCCGCGGAAUUCCAGUCCCGCCCGGACGACAUCCCCGACGAAAAUAUCUAUAAAUAUGUCGGACCGAGUGGACGGUUGCGCGCAUCCAAGCGCGCGGCCCUCCCGGUGGAUCCGGAUCUUGGGGAUGUGGACGACGCGGACAGUCGGCGCGAGCCCACGGAGCUGUUCUUCCCACAUGAUCGCGAGGAUCCCGUUGCCCAGGGUGACAUUGUCGAGUUGCGCAUCCCGAUCUGGCCGGCCGGGAUUGUCUUUGCGGCGGGCGAGACGUUACGGUUGGAGGUCAAGGGGCAUGAUCCGAUUCUUCCGGAGUAUCCGGCGCUGGAUCGAAGCGUGGGAAAUGCGAAUCGGGGGAGGCAUGUGGUGCAUACUGGGGGGGAGUUGCGGUCCGCUUUGGUGCUGCCUUUGACAGAGGUGUAG